UUUCUGUUCUAAAGUUUCGUGCCAUCGUAUUUCUUGUUUCAAUUUUCAAAUUAUCGAAAUUUUAGAGAUCUACGAUUUAUUUUAUGGCACGCUGAUCACAUACCGAAAAAUAAACAAACUUUUUCUUCGAAGUAUACAUAUGAAUCAAGAAAUAGUUAUUAAAAAUGGAUGUGAAGAUAAAGAAAAGUUGUCCCAAUUGUAGUCAGUUCUAUCAGCUAAAAUCUCUCACUGCAGAACAACAUGGAAACAUACCUUUGUUUCUAUCAUGUGGUCAUUCCAUGUGUGAAAACUGUGUUAAAAACAUAGUUAAGUUUGCUGAGCCCAUACAAUGUAAAGUGUGCCAUAAAGAUACAGAAGUGAGCACAGCUGACUUAUCAUUGCUGGUAGAGAAUAAAAUUCCAUUGUGUCAGUUGUUUCCGGUAAAUUUUCAUAUGUUGGGUGAACUUACAUUGGAGAAGAUUCAGGAACAAGCUGAAAAUGAAGAAAAUCGAGACAAAAACUUCUAUAUUGAUGUAAAAUCUAUUUUGGAAAAUAUUACAAAAAGCGAAGGUAUGUGUAUGGAGUGCCAUAGUCCAACAUCAAAAAUGUGCCAACAAUGUGGAAUAAUUGUUUGUAACAAUUGCUUCACUAAGAGCCACAAGAAUUUCAUAAUUUUUAAAAACCAUAUUCUUACAAAUAUUGAAGCUAUUCAAGAUGAAGUUGUGUGUCCCACACAUAUUGGAAAGUCCUUGGAUUACUAUUGCAAGACUUGUGAAAAACCUGCCUGUAUGGAUUGUCUUAUGGUAGGCGGUGAAAAGUCUUGCAAAAAUCAUGAUGUUGUAUCUUCGCAAGAUGUGAAUCAAGAAUUAAUGGCUGAAAUACAAAAACUCACUCCUGAGGUUAAUGAGAAGCUCAAACGAUUUACUAAAACAGCAGUGGACAUAGGGAACAUUAUGACAAACUUGGAUAACAAUCCAAGUUCAGAAAUAUCAAGACUUUCCAAUGAGGUGGAACAAAACUAUUCCAUCCUAUUAGCAAAUGUACAAAAGCUGAAGGAUGAUAUAAUACACAAGCUAGAAAUCAUAAAGACAAAGAAAAUAAAAUCACUUAUAGACAGCAAAAAUGAGAUAUUUGAAAAUAUUAAAAAAGCUAAGCAAACUAUUGAUAGAAUUAAUUCUCUACAAGAAAAUAAGUUGGGCCAAGUAAAUUUAUCAAGUAUAUUGGAUCAAGCCAAGGAAAUAAUAAAUGAGCCAUGGUAUUUAAGAUAUGAUUCAUCGGAUGAUUUACUAAAGAUUAAAGUGAACACCGAAUUGUUUGAUUCAUUACAAAACUUCAUGAGUCUGGUUGAACCAGAAGGGCUGCCAACAUAUGAAUUACUGACUACUGAUCAACUUAAAGAAAAGCAAAUAGAAGUUCCUCCACCACCACAGUCAGUUGUAUAUCCCCCUGAGUUGGUUAAAGAUGUAAGACAAGUAAAGAAAAAAGUGGAAAAAGAAAAAGAUAAGACAUCUGACAAAACAGGAAUGCUAAUAAAAUCUGCACCAAAGUAUCACAAAUCAAGCAAAAGUGGUUCUUGUACCUCACUAAAUUCCAUAACUAGUGACUCUUCACAUAACAGUAGCUUCACGCAUACACAAAAAAAAUCAAAUAACUAUAACAAAACGAACUAUAACAAUAAUAUACAAUCCGGACCCUUUAUGCAGCCAUGUCAAAUGAAGCCGCUACAACCAGGUGAUCAGGACAUUGUCUACAUAACCCACAUAGUGGAUCCACACAACUUCUUCGUACAGAGGGCCUGCCAUCAGUCGCUCGUCGAGGAGCUACUCAGAGAAUUCCGGAAUGCCAGUACUAUGCCGAAGCCAGUACUCAACCAUGUCACUGAAGGAAAAAUCUAUUUAGUGUAUAUUAAAGCGGACAACUUGUGGCAAAGGUGCCGCAUUUUGAGCGUCGAUCGCAAGGACCCAAACAAGCCAAUCGUUCAAGUUUUCUGUUUCGACUUUGGCAGCAUUGAAAAUGUUUCCAUUGACAAAUUGCGAUUGAUUCCAAGUUUUAGACUACAAAAUCCGCCACCACUCGCAAUUAACUGCUCUUUAGAAAGCAUCCAACCCAUCACUGGAUCUUGGACCAGUGAUGAUGCCCUGCUCAUACAAAAUAUCAUAGAUAAGUCAGUAAAUCCACAUAGCUCAGCUGUGCGAAUCAUACGAAAUAGUAAGCAGGCGGUGCUAACGGCGCGUGCGGGCGCGGUGAGCGGGCGCGUGGCGUGCGAACUCUCAACCUUCGAACACGGCGUUAGCGUCGCGCACGCACUCGUGUUCCACGGCCGCGCGCGACUCACGACGGACGCUCAAUACCCCAAAAUAUUAGGAAUCAAGGACAAACCAAUGAUUUUUGAAAGCAACAACACUUUUCACCCUAAUUCAAAAGAAGAAGUUGUUAUAACACAUGUGGUCAGCCCUGACAAGUUUUUCGUGAGAAAGGGUCAUUUAGAAAAUGUUUACGAAAAAUUAUGUAACGACUUAAUUCAAGAAUACAACAUAAAUGACAACAAGGGAAUGAUUUAUCUGCCGGAAAAAGACCUGGUGUGUGCGGUGAGCGUAGAGGGCGGCGGGUGGGAGCGGGCGCGAGUGCUGGAGCUUCCGGGACGCGCGCGCGUGCGAGUGCAGCUGGUGGACACGGGCCGCGUCACGCUCGUGCACUGGACCGCGAUGCGCCGCCUGCCCGACAAGCGGUGCACGCUUCGAGCUCUAGCUACCGAGUGUCACCUAGCCGGUGUCACCCCGUUAAAUCAGAAAUGGAGCGAGGGAUCGGUAUUGGUGUUGCGCGCGCUUGAGGGGCGUACGCUGACGGCGCACGUGGAGGCGGGGCGAGGCCGCGCGGGCGGCUCGGUGGGCGUUACCCUCUACGACGAACAAGAUCCGGACGAUGUGGUGUGCGUCAACAAGCUGAUGAUACUGCGCAAGUACGCAGUCAGCUUCGGUAUAAAUAUGUUUAACACGGAGUCUGAAGUCGAAGAAUUAGUAAGAACCAACAAACCGACUUUGCAACAACCUAAGCCUACAGCGGUUAAAGAGAAGAAGUUGCAAAUACUUAAACGUAAUACACCACACUUUGACGAACCUGACAAUGAUAAAGACUUGGAGGCGAAAAACAAGGGUCCCUACAGGGUGGAGGUCAAGAUUUUGAACUAUCAGUCGCCCUCACGAUUCUACGUGGCUCUAAUCAGCCAACAGAAAGUGUUCGCAGAGCUCUACGAAAAGAUACAAACAUACUUUACCAAGAAACACACGCAGCCAAAGGACGAUUGGAAAGUUGGCGACAGAUGCUGCACGAUUUGCAACCAAUCGCAGACGUGGCGUCGCGCCGCCAUUUUAGAAAUAGAUGGCGGGACCGCCAAAGUGUUUUACUCUGACUUCGCCGUUGUCGAAAUAGUAGAUUUGUCGAGCUUGCGAGAAAUUCCUACCGAAUUGAAGAGCUGCGGGGAUGCCGCUAUAGAAUGCCAUCUGUCCGGUGUCAUUCCCGCCGUAGGGGCGGAGUGGCCGUCGCUUACCAAAGAAUACUUAAAAGAGUUACUCGACGCCUAUCCCCGAAUUUUUAUGACGAAGAAUGGAGUUUUCAAGGACAAAAGUAUACCAGUCGAGUUGUGGGUCUACCACACGACGCAAGGUGGCGCUCUCGAGCCGAAUGUGUCCGAGUGGAGGUGCUUGAAUAAGAAAAUCAUUGAACAAGGCCUAGGCAUCCCGGAUAAGACUCAGGAGCUGAGCACCAAUGCGUCCGAGGGAACCAACGAGGAAACGAUAUCGUUUCUUAACCUAACUGGAUCUCUAGAAGAUUGGCUGCAAAUUGAGCCCAUGCCUUUUAGGCCACUGAAAGCGGAAUCGGACAAAGCCAGCGGCACUGACUCGUCGACUCCCACUGAGCUGGACUCCAACAAGGACUAUUCCCAGGAUUCAAAUACCAUUUUCAUAUCAGAUUGGCUUCCAGCUGAACCGUUGCCUAACGAGGAAUUCUAUGGCGUGCCUACGAACGUGGAUCAUGAUGGUAUAAUAUACCUACAUGACGUCGCACAGGAGGAAACUUUGGAUCUCAUUCGCAAGGCGCUAGACGUCCGUUUUAAACAUCCAGACCCGAAAGCCAAGUUUGUGAAGUGGACUGUCGGCGAGCCGUGCAUAGCCUUGUACUACCUGGACAAUAAGUUCUACAGGGGACGGGUCCUAGAAGUGAACGAAGCGGCGGCGACCUGUCUAAUUCACUACAUAGACUAUGGUAACGAAGAGAUUUGCCCGUUCGUCAAUAUCAGAAAGAGUAUUGCUCUCUAUCAAAUACCGAUCCAAGCGCACAGGUGUGUUUUGGGCCGAAUCAGACCCGUCGCGAAGCACUGGGAUCGACAAACCCUAGAUUACAUUCACAAAUCUAUUGUGGAAAAACAGUGCUCCAUCGAAGUCCUCGGCGAACCGAUCGAUGGAGUCGCGCCGAUCAAUUUGAAAUACGACAAGCUGUGUAUUAAUGAGCACCUCGUAGACUUCGAAAUGGCCGAGUUCACCGACGGUACCAAAGCAAAAGUUCAAAAAUUCAUUCCUAGUGCCAAAAGUAAUAAAAUAAUGAACAUGUCAUUCGGAACGUCGGAUUCGGGCCCCGACUACAUCGUAGAACACGAUGACGAAACUCCCGACUCGCCGGCCAGUUUCGACAUGGAGCAAUUUGCAAACAAAAAUUGGAACGACAUUGUCGACGAGGAGGCCAAAACCUUCGAUGGACGAUUCGUUUCGUAUCCUCAAACCGAUUUGACCGAAUUCACUUGCGAAAUUAACAUCAUCAAUGACACCGAGCAGCUAGAGUUGAGCAUCGUACACGACGAUGGCACCAAAGAGUUAUAUGAGACUAUGUUUGAAGAAAUUCAACACGACAAUUCUCUGCCUAUUGAUGGUAUAUUCGAGAAUAAAGCGUGUUUGGCGUUAUUCGCCGAGGAUAAGCAGUGGUACCGAGCACUCAUCUUGCAGUAUAGUGAAACAAAAGGAAAAGUAAAAGUGAAAUAUAUUGACUAUGGCAACAUAGCUAUUAUUUCCGUAGCUGAUGUGAGAGAGAUAGACGAGGAGUACACUAAAUUGCCGCCGGCAACUGUUGCUGCCACUUUACAUGGCGUUAAAAUUAAUCCAGACAUUCCGAAAGAGACUAUUCUUGAUUGUUACUCUAAGAAAUUUUUGGAGCAGGGUCCGUUUAAGGCUAUCGUGAUAGAUAAUAAGACUAUACCCGAGGUAUUGUUACAAGAUGAAGAUGGUAAAUUAGUGUAUGAAGAUUUCUUCGGAAAUAUUUUUAUCAAGAUUGAUUAAAAGUUUAACGAAUAUUGUCUGUUACAAAUACUUUUUAUUGUUUAACUACUUUUUUGUUUUCUUAGCAUAAGAGCUUUUUAUUUUCAUUACAAUAAAACCAUAUGAUUUUA